UGCCGAUGCUUUCCUAAACGGUGAUCCAAAUUUCAGAUCUUAUCUUAAUUUUCUUAGAAAAUAAUAGUAUAUUUUAUUGUGAAAAUUGGAAAAAAAUCUGAAAUUAGAUUUAUUUUUGAAAACUACAGUUUUAAAGUUAAAGCACUAACCUUUUAUAAAUUAAAUUAUAAAUCUUUAAUAAAGUCCUAUAAUUAUUUAGUAUCUAAAUUAAAAAUAAUGGAGAACAAAAUUUAAAAUGUAAAAUAUAUCAUAUGUAUAUAUAUAUAUAUAAUAAUUAAGACGUUGUUCGUGUAGUAGGUGUACAAGUCAUAUAUUAAAAAACUUAUUAAGAUUUUCUGAAUCACGUUUCAGUCUAAUUAAUACUUCAUUCAUUUCUUAAAAAUAUCAUUUUAGAUUUUAUUUUUGUUUUUAAAAAUGUCAUUUUGUAUUUUAAUGCAUCAUUUAAAAUAAACGUUUCAUUUAAUCUUAUUUUAUUAAUGUAUUAAUUAAAUAGAGAGAAAUAUUUAAUGUAUGAAUAGAGUAUAAAUAAAAAAUUUAAGUAUUUUUUCAUAUGCGUAAAAAGCUUUAAAUGACAAUUUUAAUGCAAAGAGAAAAUAAUAUUAUAAAUAAUUAUUAUUCACUUUUAAAACUUGCCACACAAUAAUUGUUCUCUAAAUUUUAGUUAUAUUGCUACAAUUUUAAUAUCAUUAUGUCACAAGAGUCAGUAGUUACAACCUUCUUCCAAAAUUAAUAUCAUAUGAUUAAAUUUUAAUUAAUCUUUUUGAAACAAUUAAGUUUUAAUUAAUAUAUUGUUCACUUUUGUCAUACAUUUAUAAUUGUCAUACUCUAUUUAUAAACACAUCAAAUUGACCAUUUAUUAUAACACAUAUCAAACAUCAAAAAAAUGUUGAGAAUAUGAAUAUCCCUUACAUUUUUAGACAUAUCAUAUGAAUGGUUUAAUAUAUUAAAUUUAGAUAUAGUUAUGUUUAAAUAAUUAAUGAUCUUUAAGAGAAACAGCAUACUAUAAAAACCAAAACCACCAAAAUUGUAUUUUAAGCAAAUCAUAUUUUAACAACUGUUUAACGAAGAUCACAACUAUUCACAAAUCAUAAAUAUUUUGCUAAAAUCAGAAUAUUUUAUCUAUUUGUAUUUUCUUUGAGGUGAGAUUAUAUUCAUACUUUAUAUACAAUAAAUGCUAAAACCAAUAGAUUAAGAUUAAUAAAUAUUAUAUUUGAAAGUUAUAAAUAUCAUAUAUCACAUAAUUAUUUAAAUAAAGCUGUUCACAGUAAUGACUAUAAAUCAUAUAAUCCUAAUAUGGAAUAAAAUUAUAUGUUUUUAUAAAUAUAAUGUAGAGAUUUUAUUAACAAUGCAUGACUUUAAAAAGUAUUAAAAUAUAUUAUUUAAUUAUAUAAUUUUCAGAUUACAUGCUUUUUUACGAUUGCAAUUUUUGUGGAUUAGUCUGUAAAGCAUGCAAAUUAUUUUUAGUUACAAACACAUAUUUUUUAAUAUUCUAUAUUAUAUUUUAUUGACGGAAAUAUUAGAUGUGAAACAAUACAAAUUUAUAAUUUCAGUUAUAAAAUAUCCAAAAAUAAAUUUAAUGCCAGACGUUUUAAAAUGUAUGAUUAAAUGUUAUCUCCUAAAAUAUAAAUAUGAUAAAUUAACGCAAUAUAUAUUAAGUUUGUAUCGAUUAGUUUUUACAACAACUGUUUUAUUAAAAGUAAACAAAAUAUUUUGAAAUUAUUAUCUUGCGGUAUACUACGAAUUAUAAUAUAGCAAACUUUUGAAAAUAUAGUUUCCACUUAUAUUGAAAUUUUAAUAGAAACUCAAAUGCUGAAUAUAUUUGAUAUUCCAAAAUUAUGCUUGAGGUUUUAUUCACAUAUUUAAAUUAAAAAAUCUAAAACUCAAAAAGUUUAAAAUCUGAUAAUAAAAUUUGUAUUACAUAAUUUUCAUUCAAGUUUGAAAUAUUUAAAUCAAAUUUGUUCGCCUUUUAAGUAAAUCGAAAUUUAGAAACUGGAUAUACAUAUAUACCAAAAUAAAAUCAUCAACGCAUCUCAAACUUCUACAUUUAUAAAUAUAUUUGUUUCCAAAUAUACUAAAUAACUAGAAUUAAAUUCAAGGAUGUGAAUUUUUGACGUUUUACUGGAAGUUGCUACAAUUAGGUUAAAAUGAUAUUUUACAGUUCUUUUAGUGACCUUUGUAACAAUCUUGGAUGAUCGGAAGUUAGUCAUAUAUUCAAUAGCCUAAAUUAGCGUCUCUAUCUCUACAUGCAAAGAUGAGGAAUUGUGCCUCAUACUUUUGGCCUCCAAUCUCUGUUCUGAAAAAUUAUCUAAAUUCUUAUAUGGAUCAUAUACAUUACACUAUCUAUCCACAUCUACCCCAUCCAUGAUAUAUUCUAUUAGUGACCCUUGUAACAACCCUGGAUUGUUGGUAUUUAGGUCAUCUAUGAUUUUAAGGUAGUUGAUAAAUUUAAACUAAUAUAACAAAUGAGACAAAACUAAUUGAUGCAAUAUGCUAGUCCAACUUAAGGUCUUUCUAUUAGACCCUGACCCACAUUACUAUUUUUCUCGGAAACUUCCUGUGGUGCUUCAGACUACUCAACUCUGAACAAAACUGUAAAGACUAUCUAAAAGGUUUGUGCAGCAUGAUUUUAACAAAUGUGGGUUAUUAGUAGUCUUUGAGAACUGGAUAUGUAUGAUAUUAUAGAAUGGUUCCAGGCUUCCUACGGACUAAUUCACAAGCUAAAAUGAAAAUAUUGAUAUAUUGGAUAGUGGAGAUUCACGUAAAUUAACUAUUUCAUGCGACACAUGUCCCAACAACUUUAUCCUAAUUUCUUGAUUUUCUUCAUCAAACAAAUGUCAUAUUAAAAAUAUAAAAGAAACAAUCAAAAAUAAAGAUCAUCUUUAAAAUUUAACAGAUAAGCUUAUUAAAUCUAUUAUAUCAAAUUAAAAUUGAAAAUUAAAAGGGUUAUUAAUUACAACCAAAUACAAUUCCAUAAGUUGAGGUUAAAAUUAAAGGAAAGUAAGACAGUACCAGUAUAUAAGGGAAGCAAUGUGGUUCGUCUUCUUCAUGUCUUCUUCACAUUGUGGAGUUUUAUCAUUUGUGUGAGUAAUGUUUUUUUUCUAGGCUUUGAUUUUUAUUUUUCUCGUGUCAAGAGAUAACGCUUUAAAGUUUUCAGAAUUUGAUUUUUGAUUUUUUUUCUUUUUGGUUAAAAGGCCUAUAAAAUCUCUUCUCAAAUGUUGAUUAUUUUAUCGGUUUCAAAUUUUUUUUUACUUAGUUAGCAAUGAUUUUUGUUUUUGUUUUUGUGGCAGCCUGGUUAUGUGAUUUAAGGGGAGAAUCAUCUUUGAUCUAGGGUUCUUCUUUCACUUCCUUGUAUACGAUUUGGCUGUAUUUCAUUUAAUAUCUACUGGCUUUGCAAAAUUUAGUUUCUCUCUAAAUUAUUGAAUCUAUUAAGAAAUAGUGAAGUAUAAAUUCCAAAGUUUGAUCACUUACGCAGCUUCUUCCUUCUUGCUUCCUAUAAAAAUGUUUGGGGUUUUUUUGCUUCUCUACCUUUGUUGUUAAACAAACCUAAUUCAAAUCAUAAUUGUCAAUUCAUCCAGACUUUUUCUGAUGAAUUCAAAUUUUAUUUUACCUUUCGUUGUUAAUGGUGUUGGAUAUUCAUCAAUAGUUUUUUUCUCUAAUUUAAGGAUCUGGACGACAAAAAAUAUCUCUGAAACAAGAAAUUACAUCUAUGGUUUCAAUCACUCAUAAGGAUGAUCAGAUUGUGGAAUCCAAAGAGAUCACGCCAAUAUCUACACCUAAAAACGCAUAUGACUCGAACAGUGAUGAACUGAAUGAUACUGAUGGGGAAGAAGUGAACGUAUGUGAUACCUGUGGUGUUCAAGGAUUUACAAAUAAGCUUGCCAUUUGUGAUAACUGCGGAGUUGGUGCAAAACAUACUUAUUGCAUGCCUGAAAAACUUGAGGAUGUUCCCGAAAGAUGGUCUUGCAAUGACUGUAUUGAGAUGGGAGAAAGUGAAUUUCAAAAACAAAAUGAUUUAAGCACUCAAACGUCUUCUGAAACUGUAGGUCUGGACUUGAACAUAGAGCCUAACCUAAACCUGAAUCCUAACAUAGAUCUCAAUCUAGAUCCUUCCAUAGAUCUGAAUGUGAACCCUAACCAAGACCUGAAUUUGGAUAUGAACCUGGAUCCAAACCUAGACCUGAGUGUGGAUAAUAACUUGGACCUUUCUUUAGAUUGUGGUUCAUAUUAUCAGUCGAGUUCUACCAGUAACUUCCAAGCUCAUACACGAAUGAGAGCAUCUCCGAAUCCUUUGCUUGGGCAAGGGUCCCUUGAAGAAGAAGAAGAAGACCAUUGUGCAAAGAGACGUCGUGUGGAUACACGACUCUCUCUAUGAAAUGGAUUUGAAAAAAUAAUAUUUUAGUAUUUUUCUAUUGUUCUGUAAAAGAAAUGCUUUUUUAUUUGUUAAUACUUUAAAUUAUACUUUUAUAUAUCUAUAAAAUUGGAUUUUAUAUUUAUCGUCAUAAUGUAAUUUUUUUUUAUAUAUAGUUUUAACUUUUCUUUGGUUAGUAGUUACUAUCUAUUGCGCUUUCCAUCGAUCUCCAAAUAUUAUUAAACAUGAAAUACUUUCAAAGUUGAACAUUUAAAAUAGCAUAUAUAACAACAAAUAUGAAUUAUUUAUUUUAGGAGAUUCCAAAAAAUAUGAAAUAGUUUUUCCAUGAAUUAUACGGUAUACAUAGACAAAUAGAAACAAAAUAAAUAUUUAAUAAUAAAAAUCGGAAUGCAAAUAACUUUUAACACUGGCAGAUGUGGAAGAACAAUUUUGGAAAGAGACAACAUGCAUAAUAUCACUAA